AUGGAUCUCCCCAUUAACAGGACACUUGCCACUGAGGUCAUUCUCCUUGGAUUUCCCCAAGAUUUUAUCAUAAACGUUGCCCUUUUCCUCUUCUUCUCUGUCGUCUAUCUGGUAACCAUCGUCGGCAAUGGCUUCAUGGUGUGCGUUAUCGUCCUCAGCCGUCACCUUCACACCCCCAUGUACUUUUUCCUCGGCAAUUUAUCUUUCAUAGAUAUUAUUUAUUCUUCAAGAACGCUUCCCAAGCUGUUGACGGACCUCCUGUCUUCCAGUAGAACAAUUUCGCUGACCGCUUGUGGCUUUCAAGCCUAUGCUGCUGUUUUCCUGGGUUCUACAGAAUGUCUACUUCUUGCUCUUAUGGCGUAUGACCGAUAUGUCGCCAUUUGUAGACCCCUCAACUAUGUCAUCGUCAUGAGAUGGAGCAUCUGCUAUCGACUCACCGCCAUUGUGUGGGCAUCAGCUUUUACGCUCACUGUGGUUCUAGCUCUUCUUCUGCCGGUGAAGCUCUGUAACCCGAACCAGAUCAACCAUUUUGCCUGCGAGGUUCUUCCGGCAAUAAAGUUGUCCUGUGACAGUACUGACAAGAUCGAGAUUGUGCUUUCAUCUGUUUCUUUCAUUACAAUCUUCUUUCCCUUUGCAUUUAUCUUACUAUCGUAUAUUGUCAUCUUAUCAUCUGUAUUAAAGAUUCACUCCGCCGCGCGCUCUAAGGCCUUCUCCACAUGUAGCUCUCACAUCACCGUGGUGGCCUUGUUCUAUGGGACGCUACUGGUUAUCUUCGCUGUUCCACCUAAGUACACAUCAGCCCAAGAAAAAUAUACUUCCAUUUUCACUUCAAUACUGAUCCCAAUGAUAAAUCCUCUUACAUAUAGUCUUAAAAACAAAGAUGUCAACAAAAUUUUCGUAAUGAAAAGUGGGAAAAUUCCAAGAUUCCAUUCACAUGGCUAG